AUGUCUGGAUUUGGUCAUUGUAUUUCAGUAUCUAGCACGGAGUCCGAACUAGAGGAACCUGCAUCCACCGACCAAGAAGAAGCUGCAUCCACCGAGCCGGAAUUUAUUGUCACCACGCCGACUUUCCCGGAAAGACUGUUCGCACGUAAUUGCUAUCCUGGCAAACCUCGACUGAACAUCUAUUCAAAGGCGAGUAUCAUUGGAUCGUUAGUGAAGUUGCUAAGAGGCUCCCCUGAAAUGAAUUGUCUGCUAGGAAGUCAGUUUGGAGCUCUGUUCCACUUACCUGUAUCGCGCUGCUCAAACUCUGCGAAACUUGUACAUUCUCUCCUCAGCCGUCAGCUGGUUACGAUGCGCCUAUAUGAGCUCUGGUUCUUGUUUGCAGACAAGCCACUACGCUUUUCUCUGCGUGAGUUCGGAGACAUCACGGGGCUGAAAUGCGAGCCUGAAAGGGAAAAAGUUGGAAACGGGUCAGAAUCUAUCGAUGCCACACCUGGACGUAUGUGGAAAGAGUUGUUUGAAACUGAAGAUGAAGACGUGACUGUACCAGAUGUUCUUCGUAUGCUUGAACAGCCUAGUCUUCCUGAGUGGAAGCGGUUGCCACUAGCUCUCAUUGCGCUUGUAGAUGGGCUCCUGGUUUGUGGUCACAAACUUCUUCGUGUGACGCCUGCUUACGUCGAGAUGCUGGAAGACACCAGAUCAUUUCUUCAAUAUCCAUGGGGGAGAGAGGCAUUCGUCAGCACUCUGUCUAGAUUGAGACCACCUCAACCUUCUGAUCCUUCUAAAAUGGAUAAAUCCCUUUCGGUCAUGCGCCUUCGUUUGAAACAGCAGUCAACAGCGUGUUAUGGGUUCCCUCUGGCGCUGCAACUUUUUGCUUUUAAAGCUAUCCCCUCAUUGCUUGAGAAAAUUCCCGAACCUAAUAAAACCACUUCUUUCUUGCAAGAACCAGAAGGAUGCGACUCAACAAAUGCACUUCUGAAUUUUGAAGACAUACUUCUGGUGGAAACCCAAACUGAGGUUAUUGUUACGUAUUCAAUCCCAGAUGAAGGUGGGGAUCCAAAGUGGAAGAAAGAAGUAAUCGAUCCCCAAAUAGAUAACUUAGUUCGUCGAAUGCGGGAAGGGCACGAGUUCAAAGCAACAGACUUUAGAGGAGGUGAUUCAUCCCUUCCACCUCUGAAGCCAGCCGAAAAGGCUGAAGGUGUUGGUGUCAAAAAUAAGUGUCAAAAGCCGUCUAAUCGGUUUGGGAAAGCAUGUGAUGAACCUGGAAGUUCGACUCAGGCGCCUCAGCGUCCUAUUCGACCUCGUCGUGGGAUAUGUAAACAGGCUGAACCAGGAAGCUUAUCAGAUAAGGAGCAAGAGCUGAACUGA